CCGCGGCGGAGGGAGCUGCUGUGCGUCGGCCCCGCUGGCCCUCCGCGGCGCCUCGCCACCUCCAGGUCGGGCCGCCUCUGCCUGUGGAGCAAUGGGCCCCUGAGCCGGAGCUGCAGCGGCCUCGCUAGGGGUGCGGUCUGAGGCGCGGAGGAGUGGGAUGUAAAACGAAGAUCAGGAGCAGACUUGAAGAAAUGCAGAGUGAGUUGGUAUCAGUCACCAUGUCAGAGACAGAGCACAAAGUCUCCGUUUCCUCUGAUGAAAAUACUAGGAAAACACCGGAAGUAAAGGAAGACUCUUGCAACUCAUUUUCUGGUGAUGGAAGCAACAGCUUAGAAAAUGAGUCCAAACUGUUGCCAUUGAACUGUGAUAAGGCUGCAUGCCAGCUUAAAGAGAGCAAUAAUCAGACUAAAGCGCGGGAAACUGGUAUUCCAGAUCAUGGUGGAGGGGAAGACUCUUGUGCUAAAACAGACAUAGGUCCAGAAAGUUCUGAACAAAGAUCUUAUUUUCCUUGUGAAGAGUUUGCAAAACAAGUUUCAGAAACAAAUGAAGCAGAACAGACAGUAACACAAAUACUGGCAGAAUUAAGGUCGUCUGCAUUUACAGAAGCAGCUCAUCAAAAGACUUACUCAGAAAGUCCCUAUGAUACAGAUUGCACCAAGAAACUUAUUUCAAAAAUAAAGACUGCGUCAGCAUCAGAGGAUUUGUUGGAAGAAAUAGAAUCUGAGCUCUUAUCUAAGGAGUUUGCAGAAGAACAUCAAGUACCCAAUGGAAUGAAUAAGGGCGAACAUGCAUUAGUUAUGUUUGAAAAGUGUGUGCAAGAUAAGUGUUUGCGGCAGGAAUACACCAUAAAGAAGUUAAUUAAAGAAAAUAAGAAGCAUCAGGAACUCAUCUUGGACAUUUGUUCAGAAAAAGACAAUUUAAGAGAAGAACUGAAAAAAAGAACAGAAACAGAGAAGCAGCACAUGAGCACAAUCAAACAGCUAGAAUCAAGAAUAGAAGAACUUAGUAAAGAAGUUAAAGCUUCCAAAGAUAAACUUGUAGCUCAAGAUAUUGCAGCUAAAAAUGCAAUUCAGCAGUUACACAAAGAGAUGGCCCAUCGCAUGGAACAGGCCAACAAGAAAUGUGAAGACGCUCGCCAGGAAAAGGAAGCUAUGGUAAUGAAGUAUGUAAGAGGCGAGAAGGAAUCCUUAGACCUUCGAAAAGAAAAAGAGGUGCUGGAGAGAAAACUGAGAGAUGCAAAUAAGGAAGUUGAGAAAAACGCUAACAAAAUUAAGCAGCUUUCUCAGGAGAAAGGGCGGUUGCACCAACUGUAUGAAGCAAAGGAAGGUGAAACUACUAGACUUACGAGAGAGAUAGAUAAAUUAAAGGAAGACAUCAGCUCUCACAUCAUUAAAGUAAAAUGGGCACAAAACAAAUUAAAGGCAGAAAUGGAUUUACACAAGGAAACCAAAGAUAAACUUAAAGAAACAACAACAAAGUUAACUCAAGCAAAGGAAGAAGCAGAUCAGAUACGAAAGAACUGUCAGGAUAUGAUAAAAACAUAUCAGGAAUCAGAAGAAAUUAAAUCAAAUGAGCUGGAUGCCAAGCUUCGAGUCACAAAAGGAGAACUUGAGAAACAAAUGCAAGAAAAAUCAGAUCAACUUGAGAUGCAUCACGCCAAAAUAAAGGAACUAGAAGAUCUGAAGAGGACAUUUAAGGAGGGCAUGGAUGAACUACGAACACUAAGAACGAAGGUAAAAUGUCUUGAAGAUGAACGAUUAAGAACAGAAGAUGAAUUAUCAAAGUACAAGGAAAUUAUUAACCGCCAAAAAGCUGAAAUACAGAAUUUAUUGGACAAAGUGAAAAUUGCAGAUCAGAUCCAGGAGCAGCAUCAAAGAGGUAAACAAGAAAUUGAAAAUUUGAAGGAAGAAGUGGAAAGUCUUAAUUCUUUGAUUAAUGACCUACAAAAAGACAUCGAAGGCAGUAGGAAAAGAGAAUCUGAGCUACUACUCUUUACAGAAAAGCUCACUAGUAAGAAUGCACAACUGCAGUCUGAAUCCAAUUCUUUGCAGUCACAAUUUGAUAAACUUUCCUGUAGUGAAAGUCAGUUACAAAGCCAGUGUGAACAAAUGAAAGAGACAAAUCUGAAUUUGGAAAAUAGACUAUUAAAAGAGGAAGAACUGAGAAAAGAGGAAAUCCAGGCUCUGCAGGCUGAACUCACUUGUAGACAAACGGAAGUGAAAGCACUGAGUACCCAGGUAGAAGAAUUAAAAGAUGAGCUAGUGACUCAAAGACGGAAGCAUGCCUCUGGCAUCAAGGAUCUUGCCAAACAACUUCAGCAAGCACGGAGAAAGUUAGACCAGCUUGAGAAUGGAAACUAUGAUAAAGAAGUCAGCAGCAUGGGGAGUCGUUCUAGUUCCUCAGGGUCCCUUAAUGCUCGGAGCAGUGCAGAAGACCGAUCUCCAGAAAACACUGGGUCCUCAGUAGCUGUGGAUAGCUUUCCAGAAGUAGACAAGGCCAUGCUGAUUGAGAGGAUCAUAAAACUACAAAAAGCGCAUGCCCGGAAAAAUGAGAAGAUAGAAUUUAUGGAGGAUCAUAUCAAACAGUUGGUGGAAGAAAUUAGGAAAAAAACAAAAAUAAUUCAGAGUUACAUUUUACGGGAAGAGUCGGGCACGCUUUCCUCAGAGGCGUCUGAUUUCAACAAAGUGCACCUGAGCCGCAGGGGCGGCAUCAUGGCCUCGCUAUACACGUCCCACCCCGCCGACAGCGGCCUCACCCUGGAGCUCUCCCUGGAGAUCAACCGCAAGCUGCAGGCCGUUUUAGAGGACACGCUACUGAAAAAUAUCACCUUGAAGGAAAAUCUGCAAACCCUCGGGACGGAAAUUGAGCGUCUCAUCAAACACCAGCAUGAGCUGGAGCAGAGGACGAAGCAACCCUAGCCAGCUUCCGGGGCUCAGCGCGGGGCCCGGCUCUGUGUGUCAGCCACGUGACAAGUUUAUUUUGCUCAUCUGUAUAAAAACGUAUCCUCUCAGAUUAUGAAUGCAUUGCUCUGUUGCUGUAUAGGUGAAAUACACUUUGACGAAAUUUUAUUUUCUCUGGUGACAACCUGCCACUUCACUCCAACACCUUCCUUUGCUCCCUCCCAGUCCUCGGAAGUGCUGAGCAGUCGCCGCCAGGGCUUUUCCACCCCUCACCGAGAUUCCUCCCUUUCCACCAUUUCCUGUCAAGACUGAUUCAGCUUUUAAAAAUUAUGCAUGAAAAGGCAGUGUUAAUCAUUCAGUCACACACUCUUUUCCCCACAUGGAGAAAACUUAAAGAAGUGAUAAAAGACUUUGUUUUGACAUUCCAGUGUAAUAUUUCGUUGGGUUUGGGGGAUCCCAGUGGCUUUUUCUUUCU